CCUCCACCGGUAAUUUCUCUCUUUCCGGCCUAUACCUCUGCUUGUUUUCUUUUUGGAUGUUAUCCGGUGUUUUGGUUUUAUUUUCUUAAAGUGUAUUAGGUGAGGUGUCAGCAUUUUAAUAGAAGGCAGAAAGCAGAAAAUAUGCCCUUUUUUGCCACGACCGCGUAGAAGCAGCUGUCCUCUGUAGAAUAGGAACCUGCUAUGCGGUCUGGGCCGUCUGGCUUGCAAAAGCCAACUUUUGCAGCAACCAAUAAAAGAGGUACACCUAAGCUAGAUACACUUAAUAGAAUAGGAACAAAAACACUUAAUAGAUCCAUUUUCAACCUCAACGCCUAGACCUAAAACACGUCCCUGCCCAACGCACAACCUCAACGCCUCGCCCAAUCGCCGCCGCCCCUGCUGCACCGCUGUUCUUCUCCUCCAAAACUCUUCUCCACUGUUUCUCUACCCCUUCUUCUUCCUUUAGCUCGUGACAGCGAGGAGAGGAUGUGGAGGUCAGUGGUGGCAAGAGCUGCUCUCUCCAGUCAGGCAGUAGCACGGAGCUUCUGUGCAACCCAAAACCCCAAUGUACUUUCUUCCUCUAAAACCCUUACAGAAGCUGAUUUUGACUCACAUCUCACUGAAGCGGGGCAGUCUUCGGUGGGUUUUGGUGAAAAUGGUGAUACCCAGUUGGAGAAUUUUUCCGAUGCGGUUGAGAUUCCUGGGGUUUUAGAUAGGGAUGCCCAGUUGAAUUGUUCUGCCUCUGGGGAUGACGUUUUUGGGGACUCGGAGCAAUUUGUUCAUGCUCAGUGGGAUAGUUUUGCCACUGAGGGUGAAAAUAGUGAGGCUCAGAUUGAAACUGUUGCUUCUGGAGAUGGAGAGGGGGAGAUUUUCAAGAUUGAUGUGGAGCAGUUGGAGAGUUUGUUGUCUCUAUUACAAAGUAGUGUUGAUGGGUCUUUGGAGUCGAGUCUUGAUGUCAUGGGUUUGACUCUACAUGAGGAGUUUGUGGUGAAAGUGCUUGAAACCCCAGUUGUUUUGGGUGAGAAUUUGAUUAGAUUUUUCAAGUGGGGUAUGAAGGAGAAACCGGAGUUUAAGGUAACUACCCGUGUCGUGUAUGCCCUUGCUCACGCUGUAUGUAGUAAUCUUAAGAGGAAAGAUGCAUAUGCUUUGUGGGAUUUGAUUAAGGAGAUAGGUGAGAAGGAGAAUGGUUUAUUGAAUGUGGAGAUUCUCAAUGAGUUGAUAGCUUUGCUUUCGAAGUUGGGUAAAGGGAGGGCAGCAUUAGAGGUGUUUAACAAGUUCGUGGAUUUUGGGUGUGUCCCAAAUGUGGAUACAUAUUAUUUCACGAUUGAAGCACUAUGUAGACGAUCAAUUUUUGAUUGGGCUUGGUCUGUUUGUGAGAAGAUGCUCGGUGCAGGAAGCUUGCCUGAGAAUGAGAAAGUUGGUAAGAUCAUAUCUUGGUUUUGUAAGGGGAGAGAUGCUAAGGAUGCCCAUUCGGUUUAUUUGUUGGCGAAGGAAAAGAACCAGUACCCUCCUCGCUCUUCUGUUAAUUUUUUGAUCAGUUCGCUCUGUAGGAAGGAUGAAACUGUGAAAUUAGCUUUGGAAAUUUUGGAUGACUUUUCCGGAGAAGCACGGAAAUAUGCGAUUAAGCCAUUUUCCACUGUGAUUCAUGGUUUGUGCAGGAUGAGAGAUGUCGAUGGGGCAAAAGAGUUGCUUUCUAAGAUGAUUGCAGAGGGCCCGCCCCCUGGAAAUGCAGUUUUCAAUUUGGUUGUCAAUGGCUAUUCCAAGGCUGGAGAUUUGGGAGAGGCUAUAGAGAUUAAGAAGCUGAUGGAGAGAAGGGGAUUAAAACCAGAUGUGUACACUUAUACUGUUAUAUUGAGUGGUUACGCAAAUGGUGGUCACAUGGAGGAGGCCUGUGAAGUCUUUUUAGAGGCAAAAAAGAAUCAUUCUAAGCUAAGCCCUGUGACAUACCAUACACUCAUUCGUGGGUAUUGUAAACUUGAAGAGUUUGACAAGGUUUUGAAGUUGUUGGGUGAGAUGAAUGAUUUCGGGGUUCAACCUAAUGUUGAUGAAUACAAUAAGUUGAUUCAAUCUCUUUGCCUUAAGGCUUUAGAUUGGGAAACAGCAGAGAAGCUGCUAGAGGAAAUGAAAGAAAAGGGUUUGUAUCUCAAUGGGAUCACAAGGGGUCUCGUAAGAGCAGUCAAGGAGAUGGAAGAGGAGGAGCUGGUGCUGGGUUAACAAGUGUAGAGGCCGAAAUUGUUAGCUGGUUGUUGGAACAUGAUUUGAAGAUCCUGAUAGGCCAGUUUUGUAGGGUUUUUCUUUUUUCACCCUUCUUUUUCCAUGACAUAGAAGAGUGGAGCUUUGUGGCCGACUUCUUUGAAGGCAUAUAUUCUUUUUCAUCAAUCAGAUUGACAGAGAAGCUUCAUUUAUUUUUCUUCUCUUUUGUUGAGUCAGUUUUUGUGUCUUUUGGCUUACAUUCUCAUGGGAAGCCUUCCUAUGUACGUGAGGAAUAUGCCUUCUACAAGUUAUAAAAGCAAUGGCUGACGGCUGUGGUUGCAUUGCAGCAAUGCAAAUUUCAAACUUUUGUUUAA